UUGCAGAAUCAUUUCAAACAUUUGGCGCAAAAGAUGGAGAUCUGCUUGAAUAAAGAGGAAGAAUAUAGGGUGAAGUUUACGUCGAAAAAAAAUGUGGUCGAACAAAUUAAGAAAUACAAAGAACUACUGAAGAAGGUUUUGAAUGGCCAACCUCAGCUAUCCGAGGAAGCCAAGCAACUGUUACAGGAAGAGUUGCUGGCGAACUUCGAGACUGCUGUUCAAGAAAACGUGUUGAUCAAUAAUCAGACGUGGGAGGAGGCUCCUGAUGAAGAGGAAGAUGAAUGCAGUGCACUUGAUGACCUGCUGGAUGAGAACAUUGUGGAAACGUCUCGGAAACGACGUAAAGGUCCUAAAGAGAUCCUCCCCUAUGUCGUACGGUCACUAAAGGCGGAGCGUAAACUCAUGGGAAUGUAUGAAGAAGUAGUGAAGCCACAAGAAAUGGGAAAGGACCCAGUACAAGAAAACAUCAUGACCACCUUAUUGGAUGCUGCACCUCGUUUGUUUAAGCAAGCCAGCGCAGUAAUGAAGUCUCUCCAGGUAGUGCAGCAGAGGGCCGAGGGCCUGGGACAGGUGCUGAAAAUGUGUCCCACAGCUGAGUCCCUGGAGGUGUUCGGGGAGGUGUUGGGCAGCAGGCCCAAUGGAGAGGAAAAGACAGCUAGUAGGACCAGACCACCCAUCAAGAGAGCCAUGGAGAAAACAGAGCUCAGAAACAACUAUGCUCCUGGUCUAAAGAGGCCAGCCAUUUGUAACAGCAAUGACAAACCAGAGUGAAAUACAUGCCACAUAAAUGCUUCCUGAUCAUGGAACAUGUACUCUUAUUUGUGAUUGGAAGGAUGCAAUACUGUAGUACUCCCCACAGUGAUGAGGCCUAUGUUUGCAGCAGUCUGUGAUACAAUACUGCCCUCACAUGAUGGAUAAUGGGAAAUGCACCCAAUAGUAGUGUACAUUGUUUUUAUACUGUAUAUUUAAAUGUCUUUAGAAGGAAAAAAAUAUAUUUUUGCUUGGGUAUUCUUUUUUUUCCUUUGCCGUUUGGCAUUUGUCACAGUUGAAAACGCACAAGUUGUAGGCUUAUGUGAAUAAAGGCUACUUAAACAAGCUGUAA